AUGGCGAUUCCAGGAGCUACCCAGGCCCUGAUCGCGGCUUUUGCAUUCGGCAUUGUUGUCAACUCUGCGUCGGCUGCCCUUUUCCUCAACGUCAAGGGUCAUGGCUCCUCGAUACUACGUGAUGGCCCGAGGCUGGUCCUCAUUACAUUCCUUCUCAGCGCUGCCCUGUGGGCUCAAACAGACUUUAUAUCGAUAUUCAUAGAAACGGCUGCGACCACUUCUUGCCAGGUCGGCAUCAUCUUUUCCACCCUUUUCGACCAGCUUGGGCGGUUCUCGAUCGAGCAGUAUUUGUUAUGGGUGGUAAACGGCGGGUCGAAAUCGGGAAUCGGCCAGCUGGGACCGCAGAUUCUGGUUGGGAUCCGAUUCGUGUUGGGAGCAGUGUUUGUUGGAUUCUCCCGGCCGCAGACCGUGCCGGUCUGCAUCCCGAUAUCUUCAGUUCUCCCGUUGGCAAUCCUGGUGGUCGUUCUUGAUGCGGUCAUCAUUGCUACUUUGGCAGCAAGGGCAUUCUUUGCUGGAGUGCUGAAGGACAUCAGAGAAUCCAGCACUGACGCGGCCAGGGGAAAGGCGAUACUGCUUGUCCUCGUUGGAUUGACCCUAUGGACUGCGACGAGUGUGACCAUGCUCCUUGGUAUGGAGACAAUGGAGCUCACCUUCAGAACCACUGUACCCGCUGCUGGACUCAUCUGUUUGCUAUUCGCCGUCACGGGUUGCGCUGGGGCUAUCACCCUGGAGAGGACGAAGCAUUCAAGACAACCAGAAUCGCCUAGGCGACGGGAUCUCACCACAGACCGCUCUUUGUCUACCUCUGACUCAGACGAGUACCCUCCAAAUCGCUACGAAGAUCUGAAGCGUGGCGAGAUCUUGUCCAUCACGGCGUUUGUGCAGCCUCAGACCAGUGACAGGCCCGGUGGCCUUCCCAAGAUCUCACGGCCGAUCACCGGAUUCAACGGUAUGGGCGGGGUGCCCGUUCAGGGCCAACUGUUCCCUCCUAUCAGAGGUCCUUUGGAUAGUCAUACUGUUGAGCCUCGAAGAACCGAGACAAAGCCCGAGGCGAGACAGAAGCGAUCCCUUUUCGACUUGAAGCGCGGACCUGCUACCGAUGGAGGCCUUUCCAUCUCCAGUCCUAUCUUGCAGGCUAACGGAAACCAGAAUCCCUUGAACAAGAUUCCGACCAUCGACCUGGAGACUGCUGCACGAAACGAACGCGAAAGACGGGCAAAUGACCUACAGAGAGAAUCCGCCUUGAUUGCAAAGCGACCAGCGCCUCAGCCACCAAGCAUGCCGCCAGCGGAGGCCGUGAAGCGAGCAGUGAGUUUCAAACGCAAGGAGGUUGCCUCAAUAGGGUCACAGCCCAGUUUGCCUUCAAGUCUUGAGCCUAUGCCCAGUGUUGCAGCAACCAGCUCUGCACAACUUUCACCAGGGGUUGAGGAAAUUCGCCGCCGCUCUCCCCGACAGGUACCGACUGAUCUGCGCAACAAGGGCACCCAGCCUACUCCCUCUCCUAAACCCCCGGCAGUCGUUCCGUACCAGCCACCUGAGAGCACAGGGGUAGAAGAAUCCGAGCCAGUCGAGGAGAAAGAGGCUCAGGCUGCGCGGCGCGUCGACAUCCGUCCUUCCCGUGGACUGGCACCUUCUCCAAAGACGCCCCCUCCGGAGCCUGUCAAGACCGCUCUACAAAGGCGACCAACGAAUGGGCUUCCAGGCAACCCAAGAGCUAUGGCUGUGAAGCCGCUAGCCAAGGAAUCAACGCAACAGCGACAACAGACCGUGAUGUUCAUGAACAACAUAGUCUACGACGAUCCUUCAGUUGUGCAAAGCAUCAUCGACAAUGCCAAUCCCAAAAUGGCUAACAAGGAAGUCGACAACGACAAUUCAAUGGAUCGCUCUGCUUCAGUAGUACAUCGACCCAGGCCGAUCCCGCGGAAGCCAGAGAAAGACCGUGCUAUAUUCCCGGCCGAACCGUCACCUAAUCAAUCACAUAGACGGUCACGAUCGGGCGGUUCGAUCAUCUCCCGAAAGUCGAUCCUGCGAUCUGCUCCUGGUAGCCCGACACAGCUUCCUCCUCUACCUCCACCGCCCAAGGGCUUCGGCAACUCCGAGAGACCUCACCCGAACGAUACGAAGAGCAUGACUUUCGAUGAAAAGAUGAACUUGUUCUAUUCAGGACCGUCCAGUGGUGGUGAUCGCACAACAAAGCGGCGAUCAUCCAUCCCUGAGAUGCCUAAAAUCCCUCUGAAUUUCAUGGACGUGUCACCGACAACGGAGGACUUCGAGAACGAGCGGAGAGACUCGAAAGCCACGCAUAGAACAACGAGGACAUCGAUCAAGACGGAGAGUCUAUUCGAGGAAGCCGAGAUGUCUCUUGUCGAGCCUUCGAUGAGCCGUGGUACAGGUACGGAGCGCGGUGAGAGCAUGACAGACGACCUCGGCAACUCUUGGCUCCCCGAAGUUGCUCCUACUACGGAGAGACCACCUCGUCCCUUUGCCGAUGAGACCGCGAAGCGUGCCUCAUCUCCGAUAAUCCCGCCGGUCAGGGAGUCUGCCAUGACUGAAAGCACAAACCGAACGAGCUCCAACCGGACUCAGGAUGAUGCUAGCUCCAACUGGGGCUCAGUGCAUUCCCCUAUCGCUAUCAAUAUCCCGACCAGUCGCUUCAACGCUCGUUCAACUUACAUCAAGAGUGCAGAGAAACAAGAACCUUUGUUUCAGCUCGCGAGCACAGUGUAUCAGGACCCAGGGAGUGCCAAGCGGACACUCGAGCAACCCAUGCCCAAGGGAUGGCAUCGCAGAAUCGGCGAUGAGCUGCCAACCUUCUCUGAGAGGAAGGAGACAAUGCGAACAAGAAAGAUGCCGCCCCCGAUGCCCCUUCAACUUGGGCCACCCUCAACAAAGAACCCCGUCAUUCCUAAGGCAGCUGAGCCCUCGCCUCUGGAAUCGCCCGAGCAUGCAAUUAAGUAUAUCCAGGAUCAACUGAAACAAUUUGAACAGCCUGAUCCGGCUUCGUUUGAUAGUCCCGGGCAGCGAUUUGCGCUGCUCCAGAACCUGGAGAACGAGAUGGACAUGCAAGAAGGCCAGUGGCAGCAGAUGCAUCACAACAUGAGAGAUUCCACCUCCACCAUGAGAACCUCUCCUACUACAGAAUCACGCCGUGAGUCUCUCGUCAGUGUAACCACGAGGGAGCCGUCAAGAGAUUCUAGCGUCCGCAUGACCCUCGCUGAUAGAAGAGCUUCUCGCCGCUCGCGCAUGCGCAGUGGCGGUAGCUAUAAGUCGGAGGAUGCUGGCGAUCUUCUUGAUACCAUGGACAAGGGACGAGCCAGCGUCUGGCAGCAACGGAUCGCUGAGGCGCAGAUGGAGUACAUGGAAAAUGCGAACGAGCUCCAGGUUCAUCGAACUCGGACCAUGCUUUCCAUGGCCCAGCUCGGCAGCCCUACCCCGCCUGAGUCUGACGAGUCCGAUGUGGAGGAGAUUUCAAGACCCAAGAGUAUUAACGCAAUCGUUGAGGCGACUGAUGUUGCUCCCGCGCCAAAAGCCCUAUGGACCCAAUCAAGCCAGAAGGCUACCCAGCCUACCGCCAUGCUAUGGGAGCUAUCCAAGGACCACACUGAGAGCGCUCCGUCUCCAGUGACAGUCUCCAUGGCGGCCGAGCCCUCCAGGCCUGCUGUGCGAAAGCAAGAGGAAUCCAUGACCAUCCAAAGCUCAGAGCUCUGGCGACUCUCUGUCAAGACUGUGAAGACCAAGUCUCACUCAGGCCUAUGGCAGCCUCCAUAUGCUCGUGCACCUGUACCAUCACAGACCACAGCACCUCCCCAUACCACGGAACAGCAAUCGAAGACCGUGCAAAAGACACCUCGCCCCCUUACCCAGCGGCCCCCUAGGCGGACCAGGCGAGUAACUCUACUUCCUGACAUCGUAGAGAACCCCGAGCCUCUCCCAGACAAGCGAGGGACGCUUGGUAUCUUCCAAUUCCCGUGGGGCGAAAAGUCAGACACGGCCACUAUUCAGCCUCGUAACACGGCGAUGUUCAUGGCCAUGCCGGGAACGAUGAGCUCCGGUGGAUCAGCAGUCGUAAAUGCAGCACUCGAGGCUAGGUCCAAACAACUCGAGGCGGCUGAGUACUCUUCAUCGUUCUUUGAUGACUACGAUGAUGAGAAGCGGGACUCUGACGAGUAUGGUUCUGACGGCGAUGAUUUCGAUGACUUCGACGAGACCACCUUGUGGGAGAUCGCCAGUCUCCUGAAGACGGACAGUGUUCCCUCCAGGGACAGCUUGAUCCCGUCUGAACCUUCGUCUGAACGUUUCUCGAUCGGUGACUACAUUAGCGAGGUCCCAUCCGAUGAGGAGAACGAAGACAACGAGGACGAUGAGCAUCGUGAGUCGAUCAUCGUUGGCAUUGAGGACGGCAUUGCUACUGCUGUGCGGCCCAAGCCAACCAUGCUCUGGACAUCAGGCAGCAAGAACGUCAAGCGCAGGAGUGGUCACGGAUUAGGACUUCCGAACCCAGAUGCGGCAACAUGGAUGAAGUAUGACGACGUGCAGGAAACUGUGCGUGCUAAGCCGCGCCGCGCUUCCAUCGCCAUGAUUGAGAGCACCACCCUCUGGAGCGCGACACAGUCGGUGCAACACUCGGCGCUGUGGACUGCCCGCAAAGAGAUGAAGUUGAGGGGACAGCAUAGUCGGGGCCUCGCCCAGCCGGAUGAGAGGACCUGGCAAAAGUACGACCUCGUCCAGGAGACGGCUCGCGCCAAGCCGCGCAAGGCCGAGCCUGCCACGAUCGAGAGUGCUGACCUCUGGUCGGUGCCGCCCACCACGGAAACGAAGCGCUACUCCGGCACAUGGGUUGACCAGGGCCGCAUCCAGAAGAGGCGGAGGUCAAGGAAAUUUGUUGGGACUUCUCUAUGGGCUCCUCCUGUAGCCCCUGCAGCUCCUGCAACAGAGAACAAGGGCUUGUUCCGUGUCGAGCCCACUCACCCAGACAACCGUACUACGGAGGCAGAACCCGCCGCACUCGAGAUGGAUCGCAAGCCCCGAACGAUCGAGGAGAAGCCUCUGGAGAAGUUCGUGUCCAGCAGCCUUUGGACUGCCGCCCCUGCGUCGGCGACCACUGAGCGGGUCUGGAUCCUGGAGAAAGAGCCUGUGCCCGAACCUGUGGUCCUUGACGAUACCAUUCCCAGCACCAACGUUGGCGUGAAACAGCCAACCUGGUGGGAGAAGAUGAAGGCGCAAGCUGGUCUCUCUGCCGUGCCAGUGCCACCGAUGGCCCAGCCUGUUGAAAACGUGCCGCUACGACAGCAGUUCAGGCGCAGCGUCGCUUUCCGAGCCGACUGGGAUGGCGAGCUCCAAGCUGCAGUUGCCGCCAGCUACCCGCCGCAGAAGAAGCAGCCCAAAACCCGCCAGGCUGCAUCUGAGGAGCAGUGGGAUGACGCGCUGAAGCAGGCACUCGCUGACAGCUAUCCCAAGACCGUCAAAAAGCCUCAGGCUACCAAUGCCGACUGGGAGUCUGCCCUCCAAGAGGCCAUCUCUCUGAGCGCCCCGGCUCCGCAGGUGUCCAAUGACGACAGCAACCAGGCCAUGAUCAUGGCGCAAAUCGAGGCCUUGGAGCAGGAGAGGCUCUUUGUCGAGCGGGCGAUGCGCGGAGAUGCCGCCAUCCCCGAACCCAAGCAGGAAACGACGCAGCUGUGGUCCCGACCCGAGCAGCUCAAUAUCAAGGCUGCCCAGGCCGUCGAGGGACCGAUGUGGACGCCCGGCCCCAAGACUGAGUCGCGCCCGGCGUCUCUUCUGCCGCAGUCCAACGAAGACGCGGAGGAGGCCGGCCACAGGCGAUCCAAGUCGCGCAAGGAGCAGCGCCGCGCGGAGAUCCGGGCCCAGAUCGCGGCGCUCGAGAACGGCGCGGACCCGGCCGAGCUCGGCUUGGCAGUCGGCGCUGGCAUGCAGGGGCAGAGCAUGUGGUCUUCGUCGUCGUCCAAGGGGGACGGCGAGAAGGACUGGCUGGAUGAGUCGAGCAGGAAGCGGGAGAGCGGCGGUGUUGUGCUGAGGUAUUGA